AUGGCUAAAUGGAGUCCUCCUCCUUUUCCUUCAUUCAAACUUCGGUUUGAUGGGGUCUCUAAGGGUAAUCCAGGGAGGUCUGGGGUUGGGGUAAUUAUUUUUGAUCACUCCUUAAAGAUCAUCAAAGCAGUGGGUAAAUAUAUUGGUCAUGGUAGUAAUAAUGUGGUUGAGUUUCAGGCCUUAUCCUUUGGACUUGAUCUUGCUCGUUCUUUAAACAUUAAGGGCAUUGUUAUUGAAGGUGAUUCAAUGCUGGUAUUUCAGGUGGUUGCUAGAAAAAAGUGUCUCUCUUGGCACUUGCAGUAUUUUUUAGAGCACAUUCUCCUUCAACUAAAUGGCUUUUCCACUUUCUCUAUUUCUCACCGUUUUAGAGAAAUUAAUGCUUUCGCAGAUUUUCUUGCAAACAAGGCCGUUGUUGAGGGUGCUAAUCAUAUGGAACUUGCCCCUUUGGAUUUUCCUAUCUCUUGCAUGAAACUUCUCUCUUAA